AUGUCUUCUCAACCGUCCUCCUAUCUUUCCCUCCACCUCAAGGGUGCUACGUUGAGUGAACGCUCCACCCCUGCAGUGCCAGACAGGCAACGCCCAAGCAGCCCAUCUACAGCCUCAGACGCUGAGUCUGAACAAUCCAGUGGAGGGAAGAGAGAUUCGGAGGACCCAGAUACGAGCUUCAGUGUGGACGAAGGCCAUACUGACGGACGUGCCCCCGGCUGUGACCUAGAGGAUAGGCUGAAGGAACUUGAGAGGACGUGGCUUCUACCCCCACACUCUGUCAAGGUCUUCGGGGAUUGGCUAGAGGAGCCUCUGUUUCCUGUGGUACGCAAACAAGAACCACGUGUCGUGCCUAUCUCUGUUCAAGAGUGGAGCCAAAUUGUCCAGUUCAUCGUUGAGAAACAACCUAAGGUUAUCAGAUUUUUCAAAUUCCUUCGGGACGACAUGACAGAGACCGUGGAAGUCCAUGGAAAUAUAGGAGCUGUCCACCAGGAGGCUAGCUCAAGGAUGGGCAAAAUAUGUAAGAUGAAUACGGAGACGUUCGUCAAUUAUUUCCCAGAGCUGCCAGAGAAAGGCGGUAGAGGCGGUAGAUCCUCUGCAUCGUACAAUGAGUACGAUCAAGAGUCAGACCAGGUGCCUACUCAAGAGAUUUCAGAGCACGAAGGCUCAGCGAAGGCAAGCGCUGUUGGCCGGGGCUUCACCGUAGCGGACAACAUUGGUAGCUGCCAAGUGCGCCAACCUUUCCCUGCCUCUCCAACCACAGAUUCCAGAGUCGACAUCGCACCCCUCUGGAGCGUUGAGGUAUCUGACAAGCAAACACGCGAUGAAGUGUUUGCCAAAACCCACGAUGCGGCGCUCAUCAAAGUAGGUGGUCAAUAUAAGUACGGUCCCACGGCACACCUCAUCCUGGAUGUGAACGAGGCCCCACGCAAUACCAAGUCACACCCUGAAGCGUUGACGAUGGAACGUUGCAAGGCUCUCCAAGGCAUCCCUCGCCCAGACCCUGACGACCCUAUAGUCCUUGACCCUGGGUACGUUUACGAUGGGAAGGUUAUCCAGGGUCGCAUCACCGCUACUCUGUACGUCUUCUAUGGGCAAGCAGACUUGGAGCUCCUCAGGGAAGGCCUGCGGCUCAACAAGCCAGAGGAGUGGUACAUUGAGAGGGGUAUCGCAGCGCGUAUCCUAACUGGCUGGCAGGAUGCCAAGCAUUUAGAGGAUAGGAGGCGAUUUGACAAGGGCAGCUUCAGCCAAGCCGUUGUCGGUAUGCGUUGUACUGUCUUAAACCAGGGAGCCUACCUCUGGUUCAGGCACGAGCCUAAUGCAACUGAUGCGGCUGCCGCUGCCUUCCUGGAAAGGCUCCAAGCAGAUGACACCAAGCCUGAGAGGUCUCUUCCUAGGGGCCAUUCCUCCUCCUCCUCCUCCUCCUCCUCCUCCUCCUCCACCUCUGCUGGUACUCCUUCUACUGUUGCUGACGUAGCCAACAAGCUACUAGACGCAGCAAGGAAGAAAGCCAAGGAAUUACCUGCACGAUCAAAUCUGUCUUGGAUUGCUAGUAGCAUUGCCGUAGCGGCGAGGCAGGCGGCUCAGCAGGUCGCAGAGAAAUCCAGUCAAGACUACCGUGCUGAACCUGGGGUUCAGUUCGGCGACAGCACUACCGUUGACGGGUCUACUCUCCAUGACUGGGCAGCAGACGACGCGCUCAGCGACUACGACCGACGGGCCAAACGGAACGAGCGAAAGCGCCCUCGUUCAGAGGAUAAGAAGCCCGCUGGCCACGAACUAGAUGAGGAAGCCGAGGGCGCUGAGGUGAACAGGAGAAAGCGCCUUGCUCAGCUGGUGCUGAACAGGCCCGUUGCAGUGCCUUGGGCUGGCACUCUGAGCAUGGCCGACAAUAGGGAGAGGGAGGCAGACGAUGCAGAGAUGGCGAAAUGGGAAGAGGAGCAAGUCAUGAAAGGAGGUGAUGGGGACCCUAGUGACGACUACUCACCUUCGAGUUGA